GUUGUGUCGGGUGGGCGGGGAGAGAACGACAGACUGACUGCUUCACAAACUCUUGACACUUUCACUCACAGUCGCCCUAGUAGGAUAACCUACUUUCGCACUUCUGACCCUCGACAUGUCAAACAACAACGCCAGCAGCAACUUGGUCGUCGCUCAGAGAGUAGUGAAACAGCUGCGGUUGGAGGCCAGUGUCCGUAGGAUCAAGGUGUCUCAGGCUGCAGUGGAGCUGAAGAACUACUGUCUGCAGAAUGCUCACCAGGACCCUCUCCUGAUGGGGUACCCUCCAGUGACAACCCCUUCAGACCCCCAAGUCCUGCAGCCUGUUCUGAGCAGCAGUCAGUGUAUGGAGGAGGAGUUGUUGCUGUAUGUCCUAUGAGGGACCCUUCCUCUUCUCUCUCUACUGCUGGUCUGUUUGUGUGCUGCAGCUAUUCCCAAUGUUAACCUCUAGCCUGAUCCCAGAUCUGGCAUGCCAAGGCACGACAAUGACCAUAUAGAUGUUGUCAAGACCGCAG